AUAGGCGCGCCUCUCGCGACCUAUAGAUCCCCCGACAGCGAGCGCGCACGCCGUAGCACUCGCUUCUCCACCUGCGCGCGUGUAUAUAAGCACGCCUAGUGAUCCGAGAUUCACCAUUCCGCUCCGUGUGCAAUCUUGUUUCUAGUUGCGCAAAGCUCAGUUUGAUUGGUCGAAGUGAUGGAGUUCACUACUAGGACCGCCAUUGCUCUGCUUCUCGCGCUCGCCGUCUCCUCGAGCUUCCUCUGCGACGGUGUCCACUGUCGCCACCACCACACCAAGCACACAAGUCACAACUCCUCGCAUCCGCCGUCCCACGCUCCGGGCCCCGCGAGCCCGAGUCGGGCGCCUCCGCACGCGCGGCCCUCUCCCCCAGCCCCGCCGCCGUCGACCAACCCAACGCCUGGCGCGCCGGCUCCCGCGUCAUCUGGCGGCGUCGCCGUGUACGACGUGGUCAAGGACUUCGGCGCCGCCGGAGACGGCGUCACGGACGACACCGACGCGAUCAAGACCGCGUGGGACACCGCGUGCCAGGACGACGGGCCGGGCGUCGUGCUCGCCGCCGCCGGGUACUCGUUCCUGGUGCACACCACCGUCUUCACCGGCCCGUGCCAGGGCAGCGUCACGAUCCAGCUGGACGGGACGAUCGUCGCGCCGAGCGAUCCCAAUACGUGGCCAGCGAACAGCAAGCGCAACUGGCUCGUGUUCUACCAGGCCCACGGCGUGUCGCUGCGUGGCGCCGGGCUCAUCGACGGCAAGGGCCAGAAGUGGUGGGAUCUUCCCUGCAAGCCUCACAGGGGCGGAGCAAGCACCCACGGAUCUUGUGACAGCCCAGUGGCGCUGAGGUUUUUCAUGAGCAACAACGUGACGGUGCAAGAUCUGAAGGUGCAGAACAGCCCCGAGUUCCACUUCCGGUUCGACAGCUGCCGCGGCGUGCUCGUGAGCGGCCUGUCCAUCAGCUCCCCGGCGCUGAGCCCCAACACCGACGGCAUCCACGUCGAGAACACCCAGGACGUCCUCAUCACCAACUCCGUCGUCUCCAACGGCGACGACUGCGUCUCCAUUGGCGCCGGCACCCUCAACGUCCACAUCGAGAACAUCACCUGCGGGCCCGGCCACGGCAUCAGCAUCGGGAGCCUGGGGAAGCCGGGGUCGUCGCGGGCGUGCGUGGCCAACGUGACGGUGCGGAACGCGGUGAUCCGGCACUCGGACAACGGCGUGCGGAUCAAGACGUGGCAGGGCGGGUCCGGGUCCGUGUCAUCCGUGUCGUUCGAGAACGUGCGCAUGGACGCCGUGCGCAACCCCAUCAUGAUCGACCAGUACUACUGCCUCUCCCACAGCUGCGAGAACGCCACCACGGCCGUAUUCGUCUCCGGCGUGACGUACGCGGGCAUCCGGGGCACCUACGACGUGCGCAGCCCGCCCAUCCACUUCGGGUGCAGCGACGCCGUGCCGUGCACCAACAUCACGCUCUCCGACGUCGAGCUGCUGCCGGCCUCCGGCGACACGGUCGACGACCCCUUCUGCUGGAACGUCUACGGCAACGCCUCCACGCCCACCGUGCCGCCCGUGGCGUGCCUGAUCGAAGGCGUGCCCAGGAACGUCGAGGAUGACAGCAGCUUGAAAUGCUACUCAUGAUUGACAUCGAUCGUGCUGCAUCCUACUACAUCCGUUCAACAAUACAAGACAUAUUUUGUUUUGAUUCUAUCUUGAAAGUUAGAUUUUGAUUAUUAUUUUCUUAUAAAGUAUAUAGUUUAUAGAUACAAAAUCAAUAGCGUGUGAAAGUGUUUUGAAAUAUGAAUCUAGUUAUAUAGUUUUUAUACGCUAAAUAUAUUUAUAAUUUGAUUAAUUGUCAAUCAAAACAUAUAAAGUUUGAUUUUUUUAAAAAUAAAAUACGUUCUGUAUUUUUGAACCGAGCGAGUAGAAGGAACAUAAUUAAUGAAAGACAGAAGAGUAAGUUAGUGCAAAUGAAAGGAGCUUAAAAGCAUGAUUACUUAUGUAUUCUUUGACUAUGUACAAUGCUUACUGCCAUGAGUUGAGCAGUUUCCGCAUGCACCUAGAUUGAUUUCUGAGCUCCUAUGUCUUUGUGGCUUAGCCAGAAGUUUUUCUAGCCUUAGAGCGAAUGUGUCCUAGGCAUUGCACCGUUAGAUAUGCAUUGAUAUUCGUACAUCACAGGAGAAUGACAAAGAUUCUGUAUCAGAAUUUUACAGUGCUCGUAUCUCACUACACAUCUAAUGGUAGAAUUUAUAAGGACUUGUGAGAGUACUACAUAUUUUACUGUCUCUACCUUAUCAUGCGAUGAA